GAGAGGGUCGCCAGGAUUUGCCACGUGGCGUUGGACGUGGUCGUUUAGCUGCCCCUCCCCUGCUGCUACAGAAACUAAACUGACACGUCAGCUGACCGCUAGGCUUCAGUCUCAUCUCAAGUUUCAAUGUUUUAUUUCAACAGAGAAAGGACGAACAGUAGCGAUUGCUACCCGCUAUAGUAUCACAAGCUAAUUUCGGGUUUUUCGCGAUAUAAACACCAAAUUUCGUUAAAUGGAAGUGGUUUAUCUUAGUACUACCCUGUGUAGCUUCGCUCGUAGCCAACAUGGAUUUACCGAGCUAUCGCUAUGAGCCUCUCACUCCCAAGACUCCUGCCAUCCGCCUCCUCGAUGUUCUGCCUUCAAAACCUGGCGAAUUGUGUUGUCAACUUAACGAAGUAUUUCUUGAUCAGAAUCCAAAAUUCACGACCGUAUCCUAUUGCUGGGGCGCUACAAAGCGCACAAUUCCAACCACCUUUCUUUGCGAGAAUGGAAAGCAUGCGCAGCUCAACAUCACACCAAAUCUGCAAAGCUUUCUUCUUCAAUUUAUCAUCAAUCAUCCAGAUCAUGGCACAAGGCCAAUGUUGUGGGUAGACGCUGCCUCCAUAAAUCAGGACGACAAUGAAGAGCGAAGCGCGCAGGUCGCAAUGAUGCAGGACAUCUAUCAUAAAGCCGAGCGCGUUAUUGCAUGGCUUGGAGAAGGCACUCUACAAAGCGACGCUGGAAUGGCCUUCAUUCCCCAACUAGUCGCUGCAGAGCAGCGAGCGAAGAUGCUUGACGGCACUCUCAGCUCCAUCUCAACAUGGCGCCGUCUGAGAAUGCUUGGCCUCCCAAAAGAAGGCAACGACGACAAAUAUGAGGCUUUCGUGUCCUUGUUCAAAAGAGAAUGGUUCUCUAGGGUGUGGAUUAUUCAGGAAGUCGCGAUGGCUAAAGAAGUACAACUCACGUGUGGCUCACAGUCAGCUUCCUGGGAUGACUUUGUGAAGGCGUACUUCUUCAUGAACACUCUCAACUUAAUUAUGCCGGAUCCGGCAGGUUCCACUCCAAGCUUAAUUAGGGUUCACGGCGUUAUUCUUUCGAGAGAGUCGAGAGUGCUACAUCAUACCAGAGACUUACUAGGCAUCCUUUUGCGCAGUCGAUCAUCACUUGCAACGGAUCCAAGAGAUAAAAUAUUCGCACUCCUAGGGCUUGCUACCAAUACUGGUCCAGAUGCUAUGAAUUUUCGAGCAGAUUAUACGCUCGACGUGCAGCAAGUAUACACGGAUCUUGUUCUCGCUAUCAUCGGCUUUGAGCAGAAUCUGGAUAUAUUAGGCGUGCCGCGUAAAGCAAACACCUCGCCACCUGAAACCUGGCCUUCCUGGGUUCCGGACUGGUCCACUUGGGAUACUACAUCUAUGCUCAACUGCCGGGAGCGUCACGCAAGCUAUGCGGCAAACGACGAGAUACUUGUACGAAAUGCAGCAGGCGACACAAGAGCUGCGCCACAAGUGAGUAGUGACAAGCGUCUGCUCGGACUUGAAGGAAAUGUGUUCGACGAAGUUACGAACGUAGGUGCUAUCUACGAAAGCGACGACAAAUUGCUAGACUUCAAUGUUUGGUUGAUAGCCUUCUUCAAAUUCUGGAAGGACUGCACAAAAGCUCUGCUACACUGGGAAAGCAUAUCUGAAGCCCGUAGCGGCAAGUUGUAUCCCCCAACUGGAGAGACCAUGCUUGAUGCGUAUUGGCAAACCAUCACAGGGGGCUGGCAAGUCGGAGGACAUGAGUUGUCUUCAUCGACUUAUGUUAAAUGGGAUUCGUAUCACCGGCCUGCAGCCUCCCUCCGACGACUCGUAGGUCGUUCGAUCGCAACGACCUCAGCCUAUGGCUGGUUGACUGUGGGCCUUUGCGUAUGCAAGCAAAUGUACCGUCCAAUCCCAGAGUUGGGGUUUGAUUUUACCCUGGCAACUAACCGCCGGUUCAUACGGUCCAAGAAAGGCUUCAUGGGCCUAGUUCCAGCGGAAACUCGUUCUGGCGACAAAAUCGCCUUGUUCAAAGGUGGGGGGUCUCCAUUGAUCAUCCGAGCUCACGGGGAGAACUGGGAGUUGGUUGGAGACAGUUAUGUGCAUGGUAUGAUGAAUGCUGAGUGCUUUCGCGAGGAUGAGUGUCACACUAUGUGGUUAGCGUAACGAAAGUCUAUAUGAUCAUGCCUGCUGUACAAAAUCAAAAGAACGCUGCUCUGUAUUGUGUGGUACGAUCGUCGUUAUACGACACUGAAACUCAAGAAGCCACUGCAAGCUUAAACCUUUGAUAUUAAACAUCCUCCUCUUUACUAAUACAACAAAAUGUCGACACCAAGCGGUGAGAAGUCAUCGCUCCUCC